AUGCCCACGGCCGACGAGCACGAUGACCCCUCGCGCCGCAGACCGCGCGGCGACGAGCGCAGACGCCGCCGCGAGUCCCACGGCGACACCUCCGGCACCGAGCGCCGACGCAGACGCAACAGCCGCGAGGCCCACACGCCGUACGAGUUCGAGGGCCGCCGCCGAAAAGGCCACCGCGCGACAGACUCGCAGGGCGAGCUGCUGCGGCCCUCGCCGCGGACGUCGAGCCAGGCGCCUCGGGACAGCUCGCGCGCGCCCCGCGACAGCCGAUAUCAGAGCGACUCGGAAUGGGAGAGUCCCGCGCCGCGGCAGGCGAGACGCAGUCGGAGGCAGAGCACCACGGAAGGCGAGGGCAGUCGCAAGUCUGGCGCGCCGCUUUCGCUCGAUGCGCUCGCCAAGCUCGACAAAGAGGUGGCCAAGAAGAGCGGUGGGUGGCGUGGCUACGACUACGACGAGGACUACCUCAAGGAGGUGCGGCGGAAGGAGAAGGCGCUGGAGAAGGAUCGGGUCAAGGUAGCCAAAAAUGAGAAAAACAGAACGAAAAAGGAGGAGGAGAGGCGCAGGGUCGAGGAGAGCGACAGGGAGAUUCUCGAGGAGAAGGAGAGGAGGAAGAGGAGAGAAGAGCGGCGGAAGAAGAGGGAGAGCAGAGAAGUCAAGGGCGGUGCUGUGGCGCUGGGGGAUCUGGCCGGCAUGGAGGCGAGUGGGAAGAGGAGGAGUAGGCAUACCGACGACGAGAGAGAGAGAAAAAGAGACGCAGCCAAACACACACCCUCGGAGGCUGAAGAGAGGCGGGAGAGGAGACAGCGCGAGAAACAGCAGAGGAACGAGCAGAGAAAGCGGCGCGUCGUGAGCGGUCCCCUGGCGGAGGAGGGUGGGAUAGAAGACGACGACGACCACCAGUACAUGAUGGAGAAACGCGGCGGCGCAGGGAGUGCGCCCACCGUUUACUCGGCUGAGGAGCAGGCGAAGAAGAAGAAGCGGAAAAAGAUCAUCAUCGCACUCGUCUCUGUUCUCAUACUGCUGGCCAUCAUCAUCCCCGUGGCAGUUCUCAUGUCUGGCAAAAAGAGCAAUGACAGCCCGUCGAGCGACGCUGCACCUGGGCAGUCCACACCCAAGAACAGCAACCUGAACGGCAAGGAUCCGAACAGCGUACCGCAGGAAGACAAAGGCGGCAUAUUUGACCCCUGGUCUUGGUAUGACACGGAAGACUUCAACGUCACGUACACGAAGGAGCUGGUCGGUGGCCUCCCCAUCAUCGGUCUCAAUUCGACAUGGAACGACAACGUGCAGGCCAACAGCAAAGUCCCCAACCUCCAAGACACGUUCCAGUACGGCAAGAUGCCCAUCCGCGGCGUCAACGUCGGCGGCUGGCUCAACAUCGAGCCCUUCAUCACGCCUUCGUUUUUCGAGAAUUUUGGCGCGCGUGACGGCGUGGUAGACGAGUACACGCUGCUCACCAAGCUCGGUCCCACCAAAGCGAAAUCCACCCUCGAGCAGCAUUACUCGACCUUUGUCAAUCGCCAGACCUUUGCAGAGAUCCGCGCCGCGGGCAUGGACCACGUCCGCUUCCCCUUCGGCUACUGGAUCGUGCAGACGUACGACGGCGACCCAUACCUGGCUCAGGUGUCGUGGCGGUAUCUGCUUCGCGGCAUCGAGUACUGCCGCCAGAACGGGCUGCGCGUGAACCUCGACCUGCACGGCGCGCCGGGGAGUCAGAACGGCUGGAACCACUCGGGUCGACAGGGCGUGAUUGGGUGGCUGAACGGCACCGACGGGGAUCUGAAUGCGCAGCGUACACUCGACAUCCACCACAAGCUGUCCGUCUUCUUCGCGCAGCCGCGGUACAAGAACGUGGUCACCAUGUACGGCCUAGUCAACGAGCCGCGCAACGUCGAGCUCGACACGGAGCGCGUAGUCAACUGGACGCAGACGGCCAUCACGCAGAUCCGCGCAGACAACAUAUCAGGGAUAAUCGUCUUCGGCGACGGCUUCAUGGGGCUCGACAACUGGCAAGGCAAGCUACAAAACAACAAGAACCUGCUCCUCGACGUGCACCAGUACGUCAUCUUCAACGUCGACCAACUCUCGCUCGGCCACCGCGACAAGCUCAACUUCGCCUGCGCCGCAUGGACCCAGCAGUCCCUCCGCUCCAUGGACAAAACCACCGGCUUCGGCCCCACCAUGUGCGGCGAGUGGUCUCAGGCCGACACAGACUGCACGCAGUACAUCAACAACGUCGCCAUCGGCACGCGCUGGGAAGGCACCUACGACACGGGCAACUCGUCCACCUCGAUCCUCAAACCGCAGUGUCCCGCGCAAGGGGAAUGCUCCUGCGACCCCGCAAACGCCGACCCGGCGUCCUACUCGGCCGACUACAAGAAAUGGCUGUACCAGUUUGCCAUUGCGCAGAUGGACAGCUUCGAGGCCGGUUGGGGCUGGUUCUACUGGACCUGGGAGACGGAGAAGGCAACGCAAUGGAGUUAUCGCCAGGGACUCGCUGCGGGGAUCCUGCCCAAGACGGCGUAUGAUCGCGAUUGGACGUGUCCUGACAACGGCGUCGAUGGGCUGGACGACUUUGCCGGGUUGCCGGAGUAUUACUAG